AUGGCAGAGGCGAGCUUCAAACAGAUGAUUACCACCCUCUUGCGCCAGACGAGACCGCAAUCUUUUCGCCACUCAAAACCUCCUCGAUAUCCUCAGCGCUCGUUAUCCACCGCUGCAAACCCCCAACCCCCGCGGCCGGCAGCAGAGGGCUCGCGCUGGCAGGCACAUACCAUUCAGACCCCAAGUCUAGGCACGGCUCAGACUGAGAGGCCUCGACUCGAAAGCCUCCGAAACGAGUCCGAACCGCGAACUUUCUCUUCUUUUCUGACCGACAACUAUUCGCGACAGCAUAACUAUCUGCGUAUUUCAGUCACUGAACGAUGCAAUUUACGAUGCCUUUACUGCAUGCCCGAGGAAGGGAUUCAGCUAUCUCCUUCGGCACGCUUACUCACAACACCCGAAAUUGUAUAUCUCUCAGAGUUGUUCGUCAACCAGGGCGUUGACAAGAUACGGUUGACAGGGGGUGAACCGACGGUGCGGAAAGAUAUUGUGGAUCUUAUGCAUCAGAUUGGAAAACUCAGGAGCAAUGGUCUGAAAGAAUUGUGCAUAACGACAAAUGGUAUAUCCUUGCAUCGAAAACUCGACUCCAUGGUUGAGUCAGGGCUGACUGGGGUCAAUUUGAGCCUGGAUACUCUUGAUCCUUACCAGUUUACCAUUAUGACGCGGAGGAAUGGACACGACGCAGUGAUGAAAUCUAUCAAUCGGAUACUUGAGAUGAACAAGCUGGGAGCAGCCAUCAAACUCAAGAUCAAUUGCGUAGUGAUGCGAGGCUUGAAUGAACGGGAGAUACUCCCAUUUGUGGAGCUGGGCAGGAACCAAGAUCUGGAGGUGCGAUUUAUCGAAUACAUGCCGUUUGACGGGAACAAAUGGUCCGAGAAGAAGAUGUUAGGCUUUCGGGAGAUGCUGGCUCUCAUCCGCCAGAAGUAUCCUGAUGUUCAAAAGGUCCGCGACCACAAAAACGACACGAGCAAGACAUACAAAGUCCCAGGUUUCGCUGGUCGAAUCGGGUUCAUCACGUCCAUGACACACAACUUCUGUGGUACCUGCAAUCGACUUCGAAUCACCUCCGAUGGCAAUCUCAAGGUUUGUCUCUUCGGAAAUACCGAAGUCUCCCUCCGUGACAUUCUACGUGAGUCCAAUGAUGGCAAUCCCAUCGACGCCGAGGCCAUGGAAGCUAUUCGAGAGGUCGAGAUGGAUCGCCGCGAGCGACUAUCCGGGGCUGAGGCGGUGGUGAUGUCUGAAAAGGAAGCCAGGUUGCUCGAUGUCAUCGGCAUGGCGGUGAAACGCAAGAAAGAAAAACAUGCUGGUAUCGGCGAGCUGGAGAACAUGAAGAACAGACCAAUGAUCCUCAUCGAUGAUGCUGUUCUCAAACAAUCUUUACCAGCCUCGUCGUCCCCUGCAUUCCUCUCCAGGUAUGCUGACUCCAUGACUGCCUUGCAUCGGUCUUCAAUACCAAUGCAUCUGCUGCAACAACCUACACUUUCGCCAUCAUGGUCCCAAAUCCGCUACUUUUCCUCGCUCCUUGCGACAAAACCCGCUGGUUUCAGGGAGUUCAGUAACACAACCUCGCUGGCCAGAUUGAGGCAUAAGCCCUUUCGCUAUGUUCAUGGCCAGUCUGCGUACCGACGAGUACCAACCAAGGAGCCGGAGAAUAUUCCAGCACAUUCCUUUCGCUGCUGGGAUGAAAGCAGACAACGAUCCCUACGGAGCAAGACCUCUAGAGCAAGGUCUAAAACGCAGUCGUACGGUCAAUACCUGAUUCGAGAUAUCAUGAAGCGCGUGUACCACCACCAGAGUCCUCGCAGUGAACGUAGUAAGAGUGGGUCACCAGGUUGGUGGAGAGAAAACGCGCCAUCGAAGCAGUCCUCUGAGACCGAACGAGGGGAGUCACAAACAACAACCAGUACGGACACGAGUCUCGCUCACCUUACUGCCGAUGGCGAAGCGCAUAUGGUUUCUAUCGCCAACAAGAAGCCGACUUCUCGCUCCGCGACUGCCACGACUUUGCUGCUUUUCUCCCAUUAUGGGACAUAUGGAGUGCUAUUCGCGUCGCGGCUUCGAAAAGGGGACGCACUGGCUGUGGCGCGCAUCGCGGGCAUCCAGGCCGCGAAGAAGACGUCUGACCUCAUCCCUCUUGCUCAUCCCGGCCUCAACAUCACAGGCGCCACAGUCCGUUUGGAGCCAUUCAUGGCAGACAAGCUGCCCUACCCGUUGUCCGAGGGUAAGGGAGACAUAGGUAUCCCCCACGACAUGGAGAGACUCUACGGUGGCGUGUUUGUCACAGCCACGGUGACAUGCGAAGGCAAGACUGGGGUGGAGAUGGAAGCCAUCACCGCGGCCUCCGUGGCCGGACUGACCAUGUACGACAUGCUCAAAGGCGUGGACAAGGAGAUGGUCUUGACGGCGACACGGGUCACGGCGAAAAGCGGCGGCAAAUCCGGCGACUGGGAAUGGGACUAUAAACUCGGCCAGCGCGUGUUCCCCAAUAACUUCUCCCGAGAAGGGAGCAGCGACCGCAGCAGCAGCAGCAACGGCGCAGACAACACGGUCAUCGCCACCGCAGAGCAACAAGAGGUUCAACGAGGCGUGGAGGAGCAGGACCGCCUCCUCAAGCAGCAGAGGAUCCAACAGGCUAUCCACCAGCGACGGGAUGAGAGCUCCACCCGGGGCCAGAUUUCCGCCGAUGACCUAGCAGAUUUGAGAACGAGGAGGCUGAGAAGGCAACUACACGCUACCAGAAGCGUCAACACGGCCAUGGGCUCGAUCGGUGCUGAGCAUUCUCCGGACAAGUAG